AUUGGGUGGCAGCCUGGCAAAAACGCGAGCAAAAGUUAACCUCUAACUUGACAACGUGUAACACGUUCCUUCAACCUUUGUCGCGAGAGCAUCAGAAUAGUUUCUGGUUCAGCGCUGAUUACUUACCUCGACCAGAAAACACAAUGGCCACCAAGGAAGUCAACCCCGAAAAGCCCGGACAGGAGACGGCCCCCAUUCACCGCAUCAGGAUCACUCUGACGUCGCGCAAUGUGAAAUCGUUGGAGAAGGUUUGCUCCGAUCUGAUCGAUGCUGCAAAGAAGCAGAAACUGCGUGUCAAGGGGCCGGUGCGAAUGCCCAACAAAAUCCUUCGCAUCACCACCCGAAAGACGCCAUGUGGUGAGGGCUCGAAGACUUGGGACCGCUUCCAAAUGAGGAUCCAUAAGCGCGUGAUCGAUCUGCAUUCGUCCUCUGAAAUCGUUAAGCAAAUCACGUCGAUCAACCUGGAACCGGGAGUCGAAGUUGAAGUUACGAUUGCCGAUGCGUAAGAUGAACAGCAAACUACAGCUUGCUGUUCAUUUAGUACUCGGUGGCAAAAAUACUUGGGCUCAGUGUUAAAGGGUUAAAGGAAUAAAUAUUUUUUCUGAGUAA